ACCAAUGCGUGCUGGCUUCUGUGAUUCUAUCGCUGGUCCGCCUAACCGUCGCCUCGCCCCCACCAACGAAGGCUAUAUAUACCCUUCGCUCGUUUCUCCUAUCUCCUUGCGUCCUUUAUUUUUGAUUUUUCGUUCUUUUGGUUCUCUUUGUUUGCUUGCUUGCCGGAUUUCCUGGCUUCCAUUCUGCUCUCUCUCUUUACCCUCUUCUCCUCCUCUGCGAUCGCUUGCGAUCGGUAAUGCUCUGGUGAGGGGAGGAGCCAUGGGAGAUCUGGGAGGAGUGUGCACGGAGGAGAACGUUGAUGGAGGGACGGACGUCUGGAGUCCGUCCGACGCCAACGCCUCCGCUGCGGAUCAUCUUGUGGUGAUGGUCCAUGGAAUUCUUGGGAGCACUGCUGACUGGAAAUUUGCAGCCGAUCAGUUUGUUAGGUUGCUUCCAGAUAAAGUGAUAGUUCAUUGUAGUGAAAAGAACAUGCAUCAGCUUACAUUAGAUGGUGUGGAUAUUAUGGGCGAUCGUUUAGCAGAAGAGGUUCUUGAAGUCAUUGAAAGGAGGCCAGAGAUUCAAAAGAUUUCUUUUAUUGCCCACUCUGUGGGAGGAUUGGUUGCAAGAUAUGCAAUUGGGAGACUUUAUAGACCUCCUAGAAGGAGGCCCAAAGAAGAUCUUCCAGAUGAUGUUUCAGAUGACAAUUCUAGAGGUACCAUAUGUGGUCUAGAAGCAAUGAAUUUUAUAACUGUUGCUACACCUCAUCUUGGUUCUAGGGGAAACAAACAGGUGCCAUUUCUUUUUGGCGUCACAGCUAUUGAAAAAGUUGCUUCUCAUGUUAUUCACUGGAUAUUUAGAAGAACCGGAAAACAUCUUUUUCUCACUGACAAUGAUGAUGGAAGGCCUCCCCUGUUGCAGCUCAUGGUGGAUGAUUGGGGUGACCUCUACUUUAUAUCUGCUCUGAAAGCAUUUAAACGUCGGGUAGCAUAUUCAAAUGUUGGCUAUGAUCAUAUUGUUGGAUGGAGGACAUCAUCCAUCAGACGCAACUCUGAGUUGCCUAAGUGGGAGGAUUCACUAAGUCAGAAGUAUCCACAUAUCGUAUAUGAGGAGCAGUCAAAAGGGGAAUGUAUGGAUGUUUCACUCAUGGAUGCCAACUGUGAUAUCUUAGAAGAAAAGCUUGUGACCGGCCUCACCCGGUUGUCAUGGGAAAGGGUGGAUGUCAGCUUUCACAGCAGCAGACAGAGGUUUGCCGCACACAGUGUUAUUCAGGUCAAGGAUUCCUUCCUUCACUUGGAAGGUGCGGAUGUUAUACAGCACAUGAUCGACCACUUCCUUACCUGAACACGUUGUAAUCCAUUUGUUCCCACAGGCAAAAACUUUUUCCCUUUUUGUUAUACCCACAGGCAAAAACUUGAUUGCCAUGUCAUUCAUGGAAAUUUUCAGGUUCCAUCCUGCCAGGGAGUUGUGAUAUAUAAUCUUAAGUUGAAACGUAAUUAAUAUAUAUAUAUAUAUAUAUACUCGGCUUGAGGUGUGGUUAA